CUCUCGGAACAGGCAAGGAAUGGCAAGUACCGUGAUAUACAGGCGAGUGUUAUCGGUGUUUCGGAACAGCUAGCAAAAGAUAAAUAGCUGAAAGGACGAACAGAGGGAGGCAAAAGUUGUGCGACAGAUCUGAAAAUGAGGGAGAAGGAGGAGGAAAUGACACGUCGAGAUGGUAACCUCUGAAAAAGUGCAGAUCCAUCGUUUCGGAAUCCGAUAAAAGUGAACAAGAUUUCGUACGAUCCGAGUGAUCGAAUACAACGGGCAGUGAAUAAAAUAAUAUAUCUGGACGAGGGUGAAAGUUCGAGGGGAGGGAUAAGUGUUUAUUCCUGGCAAUAAAGACGAAUGUACAAUACCGUUCAUAAGUAUCAUGACACUAGGUUCAUUUAGUAAAGGUAUUUCGGUGGGAUGCCUUUAGAAAUUUUUAUGUUUUAAAAUUUCACUUGGGAAAUUUUGAAAUCUCGAAAUUUGAUCGAGUAAUUGAAGGUAAUACUAAUUAGGAUAAUUGAGGGAGAAUCGAAAAUGUGGUAAUACUUGUGAACGAUAGUGUAUCUGAAGAGAGAAACCAAAAGGAGGUUAGUAGAGAGAAAUAGAUAGAGUAAAAGGGGCGAUAGGAAGGGGUGUAGAAGGGGGAUGAAAAGAGAGGGUGAGUGGCGCGCAGCAUCCGAACCAUCAGAAAAUAUACUCGAGAACGGCGUCGACAUCGGACAGUGCUGGUGAACGAAUCAGUCUGUUCGCGGGUGAAAAAGUGUGCCCUUUUGAGGGCAAUCGUGAGAAAGAAGGGUGAGAGGCAUCGACUCCUAGUGACGUUCUCCUUGACAAUGUCCGCGGAUCCUGUCGACGACCUCCGCGUCGACAUUCCACAAGCUGAAUGCAACGAGUACACCAUUCAUUCAAAAUAACCAACCGCUUUAAGCUGGUUGUAUCAUAACAAAAUUAUUUAUUUACAGUAGGCAUGUUGAAAAAUUCAUGAUACAACCACCUUACAUUUUUACCAACAAUCUUAUUUGCGUUAUUUAUCAAUUUAUGGUGAAUGAGGUUUACGAGAAGGAAUUAUCGAAUAUCGAAAGAAUAGAAAAUUAAGUGAUAUGUUAAUGGUAUCAUGAAAUUAAGGUCAAGGACGGAAAUCAGGUCGGGUUCUGGUUGCAGUUUCGGGCAGCUCGAUGUCGAGGUCCAAGAACCUAAUGAGAUGACAUCCUCUUCUACCUGCUGACGUAAUUUUCAAGGAUACAUCGCAAGAUGUGGUUACAGCAGAUCUUUAUUCUCUUGCGGAUGAUUUACUUAGUUGCCUGCGGUUUUAGUAAAAGUUCCAGGACCAAUCUUGAGAAUACAGGGGUAUCGGAUAGAUUAGAAAAUGUAACGCAAACUAUAUCGCGAAUCCUCGAUGGUUAUGAUAUUCGAUUGAGGCCGAAUUUUGGCGGUGAACCCCUGUUGGUUGGCAUGGAUCUUACGAUUGCAAGUUUCGAUGCAAUCUCCGAAGUGAACAUGGAUUACACGAUAACGAUGUACUUGAACCAAUAUUGGAAGGACGAAAGGCUAGCGUUUUCCCAAGAGGAGGAAGUUCUUACACUUAGCGGAGAUUUCGCGGAAAAGAUUUGGGUACCAGACACAUUUUUCGCCAACGAUAAAAAUAGUUUCUUGCACGACGUGACCGAGCGUAAUAAACUCGUCCGAUUAUCCGGGGACGGAUCUGUCACUUAUGGCAUGAGAUUCACGACGACCUUGGCCUGCAUGAUGGAUCUGCACUAUUAUCCGCUCGAUUCGCAGAACUGCACCGUAGAGAUCGAGAGCUAUGGUUACACGGUGCUGGACGUGGUAAUGUAUUGGAAAGAAACUCCAGUUCGUGGCGUUGAAGAAGCAGAAUUACCGCAGUUCACGAUAAUCGGUUACGAAACGAACGACCGUAAAGAAAGACUAGCCACCGGUAUAUAUCAGAGGCUUUCAUUAAGCUUCAAGCUUCAAAGAAACAUUGGGUAUUUCGUUUUCCAAACAUAUCUGCCUAGCAUCUUGAUCGUGAUGCUUAGUUGGGUCAGCUUUUGGAUUAAUCACGAAGCAACCAGCGCCAGAGUCGCUCUUGGGAUAACGACGGUCCUUACGAUGACUACAAUUUCGACUGGUGUACGUAGCUCACUGCCACGUAUCAGCUAUGUAAAGGCUAUCGAUAUUUAUUUAGUAAUGUGUUUCGUUUUUGUAUUCGCGGCUCUGUUAGAGUACGCAGCGGUUAAUUAUACGUACUGGGGUGCCAGGGCGAAAAAGAAGAGCAAAAAGAAAGAAACUGACGAGAAGAAAGUGGUUUCCUCGAAAUCAGGAAGUAAAGCAAGUUCCCCGUUUCCUGGUUCGACGGAAGCGGAUAUAAUAGAGCUUCAAGAUCUAAGAAUGUCCCCUCUGCCAAGUAUAAGAAAUAGAUCAGGGUUAUUGAGCAGUGGCUCGAUACCAGGAACGGGACGAGAACACGAUCCGGCCAAAUUUCCCCCUAGUUUUCGUAUUUCCAGAGUCGCUGCCUACAAUACACAUGGAAGAAAUGCUGGUCUCAGAUAUAGGGGACCUAAACAACACAAACCUAAGGUAUUACACGCGAUACGAAGAGGAGCUUCCGUAUUACGAAUAUCAAUGCCGAAGAUUAAGGAUGUAAAUAUUAUCGACAAGUAUUCGAGAGUCAUAUUUCCGGUCAGUUUUAUGUUAUUCAACACAAUCUACUGGGUAUUCUAUUUUUUCUAAAUCACAAUUCUCUUAACGAACGACGAAGGAUAAAAAAGGACCAAUUGAUAAUCGAGAAUUCAAAUGGAAUUCCAUUGAAUAUCGAUUCGGUUUGAAUAUCGUGUUUUCAAAAAAGAUAAAAAUACGUAAAUUGAAAUCGACGUUCAAGCCGUGUAACUUAAACCGAAUUCUUUAUUCUCGAUCGAAGGGAGCAGAUGUCGAAAGUACUGAAUCGAAGCUGCCAAAUAUUUAUCAGUGGGAAGAUAUUUUCGAGAUACACCGAUUUAAGCUGGAGGUAUAAAGGUAUUUUAGAAAAUAUGUUCCUAAUCUUUAGUAAUUCGAACGGAAAAUCCGUCAUUACAAAAGUCAUUGAAAUGAAAAAGAAAUUUUAAAAACGCGUCAUAUCAAAAAUUAACUGAGAUAACCUCACUGAAAAUAAUGAUGUACAUUGAUCUGAAUCUCUAAGGGAAGUUUUCAAACAGAAAUUUCUUCUGUAUUAUAGCAAUAAAUGUAUCGAUAAAUAUAAUACAGGAUAAUCGGUGUGAUUUCCCUAAACAUUCCUAAAAAUUAAUAAAAAUUACUUGAUUUUAAGAAGCCAUCUAGCAGCAAAACGCUGAACUGUGUAUAGAAAACCACUUACCCUUUGACAUUCGGUCGGUAUAACUGCGUUAUAGUUGAGCGUAUUUCCGCUAAAUGGCGCCAGCUGUACCGUUUUAAAAACUGGCGCUAAAUAUAAAGUUUAUAAAUCAUAAAAAACGUUAGCAUAAUAUUUUCAACCACCUAUAAUAACAUGUAUACCUUGAAACGAGCUCGGACUGAAAAUUUCAUGGGUACAGAAAAGAUGCUUUAAUAUUUCCAUCGUUUAUACCAUUUUAUUUUCUUUUCCGGUAGAUACAUCGUUAAUAUUAUAUUACAAAGAUGGCGGCUUUUAAAGCUAAUAAAAAGUAAUAAAUAAUUGAACGGUCAAGUCGAUCGUGGCUCGAUCUUAUUCGAGCUCCGAGACUUGGAGCGAGGAGUUUUACCUCUCCCUUGUUCAUGUAUUUACUUAAAUAACAAACAAAAAAAGUUAUAUAUAAAAAAAACUAAAGAUAUUAAAUUAUUAAAAAAAAUAAUACAGAUUCCUCGUGUACAAUUUUGUACCAUUCGUCGUUUCUUCGUCCAUCCACGUCGAAUACAAUUAUAAAUACGAAUAUAAAUACAAAACUAAUUUAGCAAUCUUGUUUUUCUUUCAGAGAUUCUACUGGUCGGUAGAAUUCUUUUUCUGAUUUAAAAUCGUUUCGAUGUUUCGAUGAAUUCGAGCGAUAUGCAUUCUCUUCCCUUUAGGAGGCUCUCUCUCUUCUAUGUAGAGAUUUCCGGUUACUUCCGGCCAAUCGACCAUCACAGAAGUUUCCCUUUUCCGAUCUGCAACGAGAUAGAAGUAUCUUAUUAAUUUUUGCUUUUACCCGAUAGGGAAUGUUGAAUUUUUUAAAUCCUAUUAUCUAAUUGUAAGUAGACUUUUAUCUUAUCAAUUUUCUAAUCUAAUGAAAAAUUGCAAUUCAAUUGGAAUUAUAGGAAUUAUGUCGUAAAAUAUUUUCUUACCCAAGAGUUUCUCAAGAUAUUGGCACCUUGUUUCGGGAUCACCCGGGUUCAUGGGCGCGCCAGCAACCAGUUCGGCUAGUUCUGCCUUGACCAUUAAAUUUAAUCGAGCCGAGAUCUCUUCUAAACCCACUGUAAGCAUCGAACAGUUUCUCUUUCAUUCAAGCUGUUUCUACAAAAUGCAUUUAAUUGCUAUUUAACGAAACUUUUAUAUCGUCCAAUUUCUAACGAUAUUCCCAAUGUUAUUUGUUCUACUGAAAAAUUCUCCUUGUAAUUUAUUUUUAAUUGACAAUUUUAGCUGGGCACGUUGGAACGACGGUAUCGUAUAGUCAAGGCUGGAAUGCGAGUUGAACGGCUAUGGAAUGCGGUUCUGCUUUCCCAAGACCCCAUGGGAUGAACCUAACGAUAGCUUUACUUCGGUUGAAAGUCAUCUUUUUCUACCCUUGGAAGAAACCUGGCUAGCAUAUACCCAACGAAGAAACUAUUCAGUUAGAAAAAUAAACGACCGAGGAUCCUGAAUGGAAACGCUGUUUUUCAACAGCAUGAUUCGACAACAUUGGUAAGGGGAUCAGGUAAUGGGCUCUAACGGGAGAAACGGGCUAUCCUGGUAAGUCCUCCUCGGUUAGCAAAGCCAGCAAUGAAACGGUACCAAAUGCACGACCAUUCGCUUCUACAUAUUACCAAUCUGUUACUAUGAGAAUCGGUUAUCUUUUCUCGAUCACUUUCAACGGGAACGAAUUUCUCCUAUUUACUUUUCGAGAAGAGAACAGUAAAGCGAUUAUGCGUGUACAACAACAUGAAUGAAACAUUUACGUAUGCGUAUGAACGUCGAAUUAACAACGUCGGACUGGCAUUGAAACGAAAAUAGUAUCGUUUCAUUCAUGCUCGCCUGAAUAACGAUUUCACGAACGUGCACUAGCGAUGGAGUCGCGCAUUUCAGAUUAUAAUAACAAGAAAAUAUUGAAAAAAUUCUAUGUAAUAUAAUUGAAAAUUUUAUAUGAAACUUAAUUAAUUAUUGUAGUUCUAAAAGAGGUGGGAACAUCAAACAGAUCGAUUCCAUCGCUAAAUAGUACACAGUACGUUUCCUGGGGAAGCGUGGGUGGCGGUGUACGAUAGGGAGGGAAUAAGUGGGAAGUGAAUGGAGUAGAGGGGAAAAGUGUAGGUUCCGGCGUAUAUGAGUUCUGCGUAACGUUCGUUAUGCAAAUGCGGAUAGUAACAUUGUACAAACGUUCAUUGUGGAUCGUAAGACCACGUUCGGUUGCUUUCUUUUUCUACCCCACGUGUAUUCGUCGAAGCCACACGUUCCUCCAAACAGUCCGAUCAUAUUAUAAACCCCUGUUCCAAGUUUCGUUUAUGAACACCGUAACGGCGAUUUGCAAACAUCGCCUCUUUAUGCUUUGCAGCGCUGGAUGAACCGUAAGGAAUUUAAAGUAGUUGGAUCACGCGAUUUCGCGUAUACACUGCCAUUUAAACGUUUCGGAAAUCUUCGGCCCGAACUAAAUCAGAAUUAGCGGGAAAUCGGUUGAAAAUCGAUUUUAGAGAAAAUAGCAGAGCCAAGUUCAGCUUGAAAGUGAUCAAUUUUUUCAUUAUAAUUAAUAUUCUAUCCAAUAAAUACGAUGAUAUUGAUUACAAAAGUGUUAUUUGAAAAAUUAGGUCAGAUCUUGAAACGACAACAAACGAUGAGAGAUGACAUAAGUUGGUAAACGAGAAUAAAGAGAACGCGGAACGGAGCAUGAUGAAAGAAACGAGAAGCAUUGAAUACCAGGACGUCAUAUCCGGGCGUGAUAGAUCGAGCCAAGACCGUUUACCUGGCUCGAAGUUCUUCUUCAUUCGCCGCCACUGUCUCGCGUAGACUAGAGCUGAGCAUCCUGCGACCAAGAAGAAAAGAAUACAGGCACAGAUGGCAAGGAUCAGGGCUCCAGUUUGCCAAUCCCACAGGAUUCUCUCCUCCGAAGACGUUUCCCUCCGACGAGGCUCGUUUACCGUCUAUAAUCACCGCAAUAGCAAGUAAUCGAAACAACACCUUGCCUCUUAACGAUUAUUAUUCUUUUCUCCAUUCUAUACCUGCUUCUUAAUGUUACGUUCCAAGUUUUCUACGCGUCCAACGAAAUCGUUCGAUUCCUCUCUGAUCUGUUCUUGAUCCAGAUCGGAGAACCUCCAAAACAUCUUUGAGGUGACAGCCUCGAGGCUUCUUUGACCGGUUUCCGGUCGUUUCUUCGUCGAGAGGAAAGACCAAUCGAGCUCGAGUGCUGACAGUGGUCCGCAAAUAGCAUCCUUGUAAAUGGUGCAGGGGCUCAAAGUAAAUUCAGGAGCGCAUCUGGUGCAAGGCCAACAGGUGUCACGCUCGACCGACCAAAAUUCGAAACCCGGUUUACACACGGGAUAUCGGGGAGCGGAUGUCGAGCAGCCAGCCUUGCGGGAACCGACCAGUAGCAGCAGCAACACGGCCAACAGAUAUCCCCGACUGGCCUCCCCAGGCAUCACCUGAAAUUUUUUAUUAACCCAUCUUCUUUUUUU